CCAGGAGACAUGGAUGCCCUGGAACUUGCCAGAAAGCUGCAGGAGGAGGCCACGUGCUCCAUCUGCCUCGAUUACUUCACGGACCCUGUGAUGACGGCCUGCGGCCACAACUUCUGCCGGGAGUGCAUCCAGCUAACCUGGAAGAAGGCCAAGAGCAGGAAAGGGGGCAAGAAGCGGCGGGGCUCCUUCCCCUGCCCCGAGUGCCGCGAGCUGUCCCCUCAAAGGAACCUGCGGCCCAACCGCCUGCUGACCAAGGUGGCCGAGAUGGCGCGGCAGCACCCGGCCUUCCAGAGCCAGGACCUGUGCAGGGCGCACCAGGAGCUGCUGAAGCUCUUCUGUGAGGAUGACCAGAGCCCCAUCUGUGUCGUCUGCAGGGAGUCCCGGGUGCACCGGCCCCACAGGGUGGUCCCCAUAGAGGAGGCUGUGCAGGAGUACAGGUUGAAGCUGGAAGCGGACAUGGGGCACUUCCGGGAGGAGUUGAUGAAGACGGGGAAGCUGCAGGCCAGGGAGAAACAGGCCUUGGCUGAGUGGCAGGUGAAGGUUAGGGAGCAGAGACAGCGCAUCCUGGUGGAGUUUCAAAAGAUGGGCCUCCUUCUUGUGGAGGAGGAGCAGCGUGUCCUCCAGGCCCUGAAGGAGGAGGAGGAGGAGGUGGUGGCCAAGCUGCAGGAGAGCUCGACCACCCUGGAGAGGCAGAGCCACGCCCUGGAGAGGCUGCUGCUGCAGCUGGAGGACAGGAACGAGCACACACCCCUGCAGAUGCUGCAGGACAUGAAGGAGCUCCUGAGCAGGAAGAACAGCCUGAGUGUCCAGUACCCGGAGGCCACCCCAACCGUGCUGAGGACCAUCUGCAGGGUCCCUGGGCAGAUAGAGGUGCUCAAGAGUUUUCAAGAGGAUGUGGUGCCCGACCCCACCACCGCGUACCCCUACCUCCUGCUGUAUGAGAGCCGGCAGAGGCGCUACCUGACGCCGCCCCUGGGGGCCGUGCCCCCCAGCAAGGACCGAUUCCUGGCCUACCCCUGCGCCGUGGGCCAGCAGACCUUCUCUUCCGGCAGGCACUACUGGGAAGUGGGCAUGAACCUCACGGGCGACGCACUCUGGGCACUGGGCGUGUGCAGGGACAACGUGAGCCGCAGGGACAAGGUCCCCAAGUCCCCCGAAAAUGGGUUCUGGGUGGUGCAGCUGUGCAAGGGAAAGAAGUACCUGCCCGUCAUGGCCACCCCAACCCCGGUCACGCUGGCCGAGCCCCCCAGCCACGUGGGGGUCUUCCUGGACUUCGAGGCAGGGGAGGUGUCCUUCUACAACCUGAGGGAUGGCUCCCACCUGCACACCUACGCCCAGCAUGAAUUCUCCGGCCCCCUGCAGCCAUUCUUCUGCCUCGGGGCCCCCAAAUCAGGCCAGAUGGUCAUCUCUACAGUGACCCUGUGGGUGAAGGGCUAGGGGCAGAGGCUGGGGCAGUGUGGGUGGC